AUGCGGCCCAUCAGCUAUACCGCCUGCAUUAUAGCCGCCCUCGCCACGACGGUAUUCGCCACGCCCAGGGCUGUGACAUCGCGAGCGACCGACGGCUGCGGGAAGACGCACCUCUUCAACGGCAUCACGCAGUACCACGACCUCACGAGCAGCGGCCGGGACCGGUCCUACUCGAUCCAUCUGCCCAGCGACUACGACAAGUCGACGUCGUAUCCCCUCGUGCUGGGCUUCCACGGCUCCGACAGCAUCGGGCUCUUCUUCGAGGUGGACAGCAGACUGAGCGAGAGCCAGUUCAGCGCCAACAAAAUCAUGGUCUACCCCGACGGCGUGGGUGGAGCCUGGGCUGGCGCCAACUAUUCCGAGAUCUCCGUGGCGGAAGACCUGCAAUUUGUGACAGAUCUACUCAACGAGGUCCGUGCUGGGUACUGCAUCGACAACAGCCGCAUUUAUGCCACUGGCAUAUCCAACGGCGGUGGUUUCGUCAACACCAUCGCCUGCAGUGACCUAGGCGACGAGUUCGCCGCCUUCGCGCCCGCUUCCGCUUCCCUCUACACAGACAAUGCUGGUGUCAGUGGCGGAUGCACACCAGCGCGGAGUCCUCUGCCCGUUCUGGAGAUCCAUGGCGGCAGCGACGCCAGCGUGCAUUACGAAGGGGGUGAAGGCGAGGGCGGCAUGGAACCUGCGAUCACAGAGUGGCUCGGAUGGUGGGCGGAGCGCAACGGAUGCACAGAUGUGAGAGUCGAGGACAGUUUCGAGGGCGAUGUGCACCACUCCAUCUGGACGUGUGGGGAUGGGACUGAGGGAGUAUUGCAGCAUUGGAAAGUUGACGAUAUGGGGCACUGUUGGGCUUCGACCGAGAUUAACUUCUCGCAAAUCGCGGCUGGACAAGGCCCAACUCAUAUCCAGGCCUCUCAGGUCAUCAUGGACUUCUUCGAUCAGUUCACAAAGCCAUAG